AACGCAUUGGAAAUUGUUAAACUACGGCAUCCAUCAUUCCGAACCAUCCCGUCAUGGCCGACAAUUGAAGAAUUUGAUGAAAAACUGGGUACCUCAAAACUCAAGGAAUAUAUAGAUUGUACAUCGGAAGUAACAGAAGACUGGCUUUAUUCUGUUGAACUCAUUGCAAAACAGAGCAAUAAUCACAGUGACUUUUAUACAUACGAAGCAAAAUUCGGCAUUCCAACAAAGUGUUAUCCUGUUGCACAAGCCACUGCGAGUGUCUUUUUCAAGUACGAAGUGUCCAGGAUCAAACCCAGAUUUUGUCCUGUCGAUGUCACAUUUCAAUUUGAGGCCUCAAAUUGUGUUUUGGUGCCGGGGACAAAUUACAUCACAGAGAAAUUACUCUUCCGAAUUAUAGAUGCGAAAAUAGCUUACUACAAGACAGUCAGAUUCUGAUGUUACCACAAGUAGAUACUUUUUUAGGGAUCAAAUCGAUAAAUUCAGAGAAAUAAAUUAUGGAAAAAUGA